CCGUUGUUGCUGCCGCCGCCGCAACCGCAACCGCAAUGUUUAGUACUAGUCUCCGAUCCGUGCACGUUACGCGCGCUCGUCGCACACGCGUUAACACGACGACGUUGUAUAAUAAUUUAUAAAACAAUAAUAAUAAUAAUAAUAUCCCAAACAGACAACAGCCGUAAAUUAUAAUCACCACCACCAAUAGUAGUCGUAUUCCCGCCGUCGUAUUAUUAAUUUUUUUUUUUCCUCCGACCCGCGUCACAUUUAUUAUUUUUCGAAAAUUUGACAAACGCAUUCGUACGUGCACACUUUAUUAAUUUUAUUUUUUAAACAUAAAUUGUAUAAUAAUAAUCUUUUACGCGAUUCAUCACAUGACGAGGCGUUGAUAAAAUAUAAUAUUAUCAUCAUCAGCUGGUGCUGGUGCUGCUGCGGCGAUCGGUCGGUGUUUCAGCACGCUCGUUUCCCGCCGCCGACGGCCAUUUUCUAGGUUAUGUUUAAUGAUAACCAGUUGUCCGAACAGUGAUAAUAUUAUAUAAAAUACACGAUCGAGACGGACCUGUGGAACGACCGUCGGUUGACGGGUACGAAUCAAAUGCGUUAUCGUUUGGCCGACCAGUAGGUUAUUCGGGGCGUGCUUGCAUUCAGAAUUAUUAUUGGCCCGCCAAUGAUGUCAACCCGGACGCUGAUUCUGACGGAAAAAAUUGAAUGCUCCCAAAAUGAGUGUACUGCAUUUUCGAAAUUCUGAAAUAUAUGAAUUACUACAGACUUGCUAAUGAACUGUAAUGUAAAACUUCUAAUAGCUAGUUCGAACAGCUCGAGGAACUAAUCGAAUUUGGAAUGGUAACGCGUCGAAUUGAGUUGCUUUCAAAAAUGGAGCUGUUGGUUUGCAGGUGAAAUGCGGAACGGUCGACCGAAGGCGGCGGUCCUAAUCUUGUUGCUCGCCCUGUUCGUCCUGACCGGACCCCCCGGGACGCCGGCGCAGAACACCGGCAGCUCAUCGUCCGCAGCCGCCGCCGUCACCACCACCACCACCACCGCCGUCGCCAACACAGCAGUCGCCUACGCCUCACCUACCAACGCCACCACCGCCCCGACAACCGGCAACGCCACCACGACCUCGGUCAUCGAAACCACCACCAACGUCUCCGCCGCCGCCGCCGCUAGUACAAUAUUGCGGAACCUGACGGUCGGCUAUCUAACCGCGGCCAAGGGGAAACUGGACAACCGGCAAGGGCUGACCAUUUCGGGUGCUCUGACUUUGGCGCUGAAGGAGAUCGAGAAUGAUCCGAACCUGUUGCCCAACGUGUCGUUGGUGUUGAAAUGGGACGACACGCAUGGCGAGACGGUGCACGCGACCAAAACCAUCUCGAAGAUGAUAUGCGACAAGGUGGCCGUGUUUUUCGGACCCGAGGGCAAUACGUGCUACACAGAGGCGAUAGUCGCGCAGGCGUGGAACAUUCCAAUGAUCAGCUAUAAAUGUGCCGAUUACAAAGCAUCGGAAGUACCGACGUUUGCUCGAACAGAACCUCCGGACACUCAGAUUACCAAAUCGAUUUUAUCCCUGCUGAGGUAUUAUAACUGGAAGAAGUUCAGCAUAAUCACAGAAGAACCGUGGAAGAACGUAGCCGAGUCUUUGAAAAUCCAAGCACAAAGCUCCAACAUGACCGUAAACCAUUUCAUGACUAUAGUCGAUACGCACCAGUGCUGCGAACAAGACCAGUCGUGCUGCAACGUCGGACACUGGUACUCGGUAGUCCAAGAAACCAUGGUCAAUACCAGAAUUUACGUAUUUUUGGGCGUUGCUAAAUCGCUGGUGGACAUGAUGAACACAAUGCAUGCCUUACAGCUAUUCGACAACGGCGAUUACAUGGUCAUUUUUGCGGACACUAAGAUCAACACUUGGAAAGACGCCCAACAAUAUUUGUGGAGACAACGUGGUUUGUAUAUCGACACAUCGAAUUGUAUGGAGGAGAAAAAUUUUCUCAAGCGUGCCCGUUCGUUGCUGGUCAUUGUUGCCUCGCCACCGUCGCCGGAAAAAUACGAAGUUUUCACAAGUAAAGUAUUAGACUACACCAGCAAAGAUCCGUUUAAAUUUAAGACACCGAACGUGUUUACAAACGUGUCUUAUGUCAAGUUUGUGUCCAUUUACGCUGCCUAUUUGUACGAUUCGGUUAUGUUGUACGCACGAGCUUUAGAUUUCUUGCUCAGAGCCAAAGCUAACGGUGGGGAAUUAACAGGUGAAAUGAUUGAUGAAGUAGCUUACAAUGGAACACUAAUCAUUGAAACACUUGUCAAAAAUAUAACAUACCAGAGUAUCACUGGUGCUACAAUCAAAUUAGACAAGAAUGGUGAUUCGGAAGGAAACUAUUCGGUGGUAGCGUUAAAGUCGCAUGAUUUUCAAUACCAUUUGAAUGAAGGAAAUUUCUCUUGCCCGUAUUACAUGAUUCCUGUGGCUCAAUUCUACCACGGUGAAUUACUGGAGUACAAAUUGAACUCUCCUAAUUUGAAAAUUGAAUGGCCCGGUAAGAGUCGACCAGACGAUGAACCCAGUUGUGGCUUCAACAAUGAGUUGUGCAAAAAAAAUGACGAGGAAAAGAGCUCCAUUAUAGUUGCUACAGUUUUGGCACUAACAUUAUUCUGUGCGUUUGUUAUCACCCUGUCGAUAUACAGAAAAUGGAAGAUAGAAUUAGAAAUUGAAGGACUGUUGUGGAAAAUAGAUCCAUCAGAUCUGCUUGGAUACUAUAAUAAAGAUAUUGUUUCAUCUCCUAGCAAAUUGAGUUUGGUUUCCGCUACCUCAUACGAAUCCCGUUGUGGACUUCAAGUUUUUGCAACAACCGGCCAUUAUCGUAAUAUAACAGUGAGAAUUAAAGAAUUAAAGUUUUCAAAGCGCAAAGACAUCUCUAGGGAACAAAUGAAAGAAAUGAGACUAUUGAGAGAUUUGAAGCAUAGCAACGUAAAUUCUUUUAUCGGUGCUACUAUUGAACCAUUACGAAUACUUAUAGUCACCGAUUAUUGUGCUAAAGGAAGUCUCUAUGAUAUAGUAGAAAACGAAGACAUUAAAUUAGACAAAAUGUUUAUUACAUCUUUAGUUCACGAUCUCAUCAGAGGUAUGAUAUUUAUACACAACUCGCCUUUAGGUUGUCAUGGGAACUUAAAAUCAUCUAAUUGUAUUGUAACUAGUCGUUGGGUAUUGCAAGUCACUGAUUUUGGUCUACAUGAUUUGAGGCAAGGCGCAGAAAACGACUCUAUUGGUGAACAUCAGUAUUAUAGAAAUUUGCUAUGGAAAGCUCCAGAGCUGUUGAGGGACCCUAGUGCAUGGAUAAAGGGUUCACAAAAGGGGGAUGUAUACGCGUUUUCUAUUAUCUUACAUGAAAUAAUGUGUCGACGAGGUCCUUUUGGUGCUUGCGGCGUCGAAGAACCUAAAGAAAUUAUAAGACUGGUUAAGUUAGGUUAUGAUGAAGUAAACGGUGUGCCACUGAGGCCUAGUAUACAUCAUUUGAGGGACUGUGAAAUGGCAGAAGACUAUGUUAUCCAAUGCAUUACUGAUUGUUGGGAUGAAUUCCCAGAAAAUAGGCCAGACUUUGGCAUGAUACGUGCCAGACUCAAAAAAAUGAAAGAUGGAAAACAUAAAAAUAUAAUGGAUCAAAUGAUGGAUAUGAUGGAAAAAUAUGCAAACAAUCUCGAAGAUCUAGUCAACCAACGUACACAUGAAGUCUAUGAAGAAAAACAAAAAACUGAGGAUUUAUUGCAUCGGAUGCUACCAGCGCCAGUAGCAAAACAAUUAACUCUAGGACACGGUAUAGAACCAGAAUCAUACAAUUCAGUUACCAUUUACUUUAGCGAUAUUGUUGGUUUUACUGCAAUGUCUGCCGAGAGUACCCCUCUACAGGUUGUAAAUUUUUUAAACGAUCUAUACACAUUAUUUGACAAAAUCAUUAAAGGCUACGAUGUAUACAAAGUUGAAACAAUAGGAGACGCAUACAUGGUGGUGUCAGGGCUGCCUAUUAGAAAUGGUAAUAGAAAUUCUGGUGAAAUAGCUUCGAUGUCAUUAAAUUUGCUUGAAGCUGUAAAACAUCAUAAAAUAGCUCAUCACCCAGAAGCCACAUUAAAAUUACGAAUAGGAAUUCACACAGGACCAGUGGUAGCUGGUGUAGUUGGUCUCACUAUGCCUAGGUAUUGUCUGUUUGGUGAUACAGUAAAUACUGCCUCACGAAUGGAAUCCAACGGUGAACCACUAAAAAUUCACAUUAGCGAACAGUGUAAAAAUGCUCUUGAUGAGUUGGGGGGAUAUAUAAUCAAAGAACGUGGUUAUGUUAACAUGAAAGGAAAAGGAGAUGUGCUCACUUAUUGGCUUGAAGGGACAAAUGAAAAAGCUAUUAAAAGAAGAGAUGUGGACUUGACUGAAUCACCUCCUCUUUUUUGUGGAUCAAAACGCCACAGUCCAAAAAUGUACAACUUUGGAGAGUUUGGCAGCAGACGUCCGUCAUUUGCUCCUCGGGGAAAUUCUUUUGAUCAAAAUGCUAGAGACAGCCAGACUAUACUUCAUGAACAGCGGCCAACUCCUUUACCUCAUCUUCUGCUUGAACCACGGUGUAGACAAAUGAUACACUCUGCGUCCAUGGAUCCAUUUCCAAACAAACACAUUAGCAGAGUGAGCUCAAUGAUCAAACGAAGUUGUCGCUCGUUAGAGGAUUCAAAACUUCUUAAUGAUCAAUGUACAAAAGAAGAAAACUGUGAAGAAAGUGUUGAGGAAACUGUGGUUAAUGGUAGCCUUCAAUAUACCCCUUUAUUGUCAAUAGAAGACAAUAAACGAUGGCAUUCAUUCGAAGACAUUUCCAUGGAACCACAUAGAAAAAAAUUGGUUUCAAGAAAUUCAAUUAGAAGUUGGUUGGUUGGAUUAUUUAAUGGCACUCCCACACCUUGUCGAACAAGCGAAGUGUCAUUACGUAAAACGUAUUCAGACAGACAACAGAUUGUUGACAAGGAGAGUGUGGUUUAAAUCGAAAAGUAUCAAACCGAGUUUGAAUAUAAUUUCAUGUUAAAUUAUCACUAAAAAAACUUAACGAUAGGGAAAUUUAUAAUAUUGUAAUCAAACGCAAUCAAAGUGCUGUACAAAAUCUUCACAAUUCUUUGACAAUUUUAUUUUUAGAGCCUGUAUUCUGCUUAAAAAAAAAAAUGCACGAUUAUAUUAUCAUUGGCUUCAGUUAUGCCGUAUAUAAUAAAUGUUUUUAAGACAAAUUCUUUUUAUUUUGUUUCAUGAAACAUUAAAUGAACAAUAUUUAGAAUUUGUUGGUAUUUCUUACAUUUGAUUAAGCAGAAAAUCACAUCACUAAGUUGUUUGUUAGGUACCAUUGAUUAUUUAUUAUUAUUAUGGAUAUAUUAUAUUGUUAUUAUUAUUACCUAAUUAUUGUGCUAUUCAAUAAAUUAUUAGGUAUCUAUAAUAAAAUAAUGUGCCUCUUAAAUAUAUUUUGUUGUAGUUAUUUAUUUUAUUUUUACUCAUUUGAUAAUAUUAAUAGUUUAAUUAUUUUUAAUGGUCAAAGUUACUACAUUAUUACAAUAGAUAAUAAUAUUAUAAUUACAUAUAUAUUUAUAGGUAUAUAUUUAUGAAAUAUAUUUUGUUUGUUUUUUUUUUUUUUUAAGUUAUAUUAUAAUUGUUCAACGUUUUUAGAUAUUAUAAAUUAAACUAAUUAGAGCAAU